AUAUUUGCAAGAUGUCGGCCCAGUAAGAAUCUCAAACUUCCUAUUGUGUAGUUCUAUCUUCUCAUGGAUUUUAUAGGAAAGUAUUGAUGCUCGGAGCGGGUUUCGUAACCCUCCCUACACUCCACAUUCUGAGCGAUGCUGGCAUUGCAGUGACCGUUGGUAUAGCAAAUCCACCCCUCCUAAUAGUUCUCUACAGUCAAUUGACCCAUUCGAAGCUUGCAGAACCCUCGCAUCGGCCCAAUCCCUUUCUAAGGGAGUCAAACACGCCACCCCUAUCUCCCUUGACGUGAACGACGACAAUGCUCUCGACGCCCAAGUUGGCAAGCAUGACCUGGUCAUCAGUUUAAUCCCCUAUACCUUCCAUGCUACCGUCAUCAAGUCGGCCAUUCGCCAGAAGAAGCAUGUUGUCACGACAAGCUACGUCUCGCCGGCGAUGUUGGAGUUGGACCAGCAAGCCAAGGAUGCUGGUAUCACCGUCAUGAACGAGAUUGGCUUAGGUAAGUUCCUUCUUCGAAGCUUGCUUCCCAUGUCUACUGAAAACUAACUGGCUGUCCUGUAGAUCCCGGCAUUGACCACUUAUGUAGGAAUACCCGCAAGAUAUGAACCGAAUACGCAAUGCUAACUCUUUCAGAUGCCGUCAAGACAAUCGAGGAAGUACACAAGGCUGGGGGCAAAAUUCUAAGCUUCCUAUCGUACUGUGGUGGCUUACCGGCUCCUGAAGACUCAGACAACCCUCUGGGUUAUAAAUUCAGUUGGUCCUCUCGCGGAGUUCUCUUGGCCUUGAGAAAUGCGGCUAAGUACUGGAAAGACGGCAAGGUAGUAGACGUUGCAUCAAAGGACCUGAUGGGUACUGCGAAGCCGUACUUCAUCUAUCCCGGUUACGCUUUCGUUGCCUACCCGAACCGAGACUCGACUCCCUACAAGGAGCGGUACAAUAUUCCAGAGGCACAGACCAUCAUCCGUGGCACUCUCAGAUACCAGGGCUUUCCCGAGUUCAUCCGUGUGCUGGUCGACAUCGGAUUCUUAGACGACACCGAGCAAGACUUCCUAAAGCAACCCAUUACCUGGAAAGAGGCUACACAAAAGAUCCUAGGCGCUUCCGCAAGCAGCCAAGGCGACCUCGAGUCUACAAUUGCGUCCAAGACCACGUUCGCUUCACCGGAGGAGAAGACACGAAUCGUUAGCGGUUUGCGAUGGGUUGGUAUCUUCUCGGACGAGAAGAUUACCCCCCGAGGUAACCCAUUAGACACUCUAUGCGCGACCUUAGAGAAGAAGAUGCAAUACGAGGAGGGAGAACGAGACUUCGUAAUGCUGCAGCACAAGUUCGAAAUCGAGAACAAGGACGGCAGCCGGGAAGUUAAGACGUCCACCCUAUGCGAGUAUGGCGAUCCCAAGGGCUACAGUGCCAUGGCUAAGCUAGUGGGUGUUCCGUGCGGUGUGGCAGUCAAGCAGGUACUCGACGGUACUAUCUCCGAGAGGGGCAUUCUUGCUCCGAUGAGCUCGAAGAUCAACGACCCCUUAAUGAAGGAGCUAAAGGAGAAGUACGGCAUCUUCCUGAAAGAGAAGACCAUACUGUGAGAAGUCGGCUAUGUCGGCUGAUUUAGCUACAAUGAUGCAGUUGGCAGUGGUAGUGCAGUACAAAAAGGGGGCUUGACUAAACCUCGAAGCGGCCAUGAACAUUAGUGCUUUCAAAAAGGUAGAUAAAAAAAGGGCGGGCUCGUAUGUAUGUCAGGAACUUAGCAAAGAUAUCCGUAAAUCGAUAGAAAUGAUACUAGUUGCCUUUCAAGAAUUGUUUUCAGCUGCCAUCCCCUGCCGAGUAUCCAAGAUAAUUAGUUACCUAACGCUAGUAACACGGAGAAGGAUAACUUGGUUGGACUGGUUUACC